AUGGUUGGUUCAGCUUCUGGUUCUACCCCCACUCCGCCCCGAGCGGAGGGGGAGGGCCCUCGGGCCCCCUUGGUGCGUCGUGAUCCUGAGGAGGCAGCUGAGGAGGCCUAUGACGAGUUCAUUCGUGCUGAGUUGGGUGAGGCAGCGGCUAAGCAGGCGGCCGAGAUGGCGAGGCGUUCAGUUGAAGAGUAUAACCGCGUGUUAGAGGAAAGGUCACCCCCUCAAGCGACCCCAACACUGAAGCAUCAAA